CGCCAUCCGGAAGCUCCGACGCGAACCCGCGGUUUCGGCCGCCCGGAUUCCAUUCCCGAGGCAGACUGUGUGCCCGGCGCCCGGCGAAAGCCCCUCUGGCUCGCAGCCGCAGGGCCGCUCCUGCUCACGCCGCCAUCAUGAACAUCCGCAACGCCCGGCCGGACGACCUGAUGAACAUGCAGCACUGCAACCUGCUGUGCCUGCCCGAGAACUACCAGAUGAAGUACUACUUCUACCACGGCCUGUCCUGGCCGCAGCUGUCCUACAUCGCGGAGGACGAGGGCGGCAAGGUGGUGGGCUACGUGCUGGCCAAGAUGGAGGAGGACCCUGACGACGUCGCCCACGGGCACAUCACCUCCCUGGCCGUGAAGCGCUCGCACCGGCGCCUCGGCCUGGCGCAGCGGCUGAUGGAGCAGGCCUCGCGCGCCAUGGUGGAGAACUUCGGGGCCAGGUACGUGUCCCUGCACGUCAGGAAGAGCAACCGCGCGGCCCUGCACCUCUACGUGCACACCCUCAACUUCCAGGUCAAGGAGGUGGAGCCCCGCUACUACGCGGACGGGGAGGACGCUUACGCGAUGAGGCGGGAUCUCUCGCACAUGGCCGGAGAGCUGAGGCGGCAGCUGGAGCUGAAGAAGGCGGGGCAUGUGGCCCUGGGCUCCAGGAACAGGCGGGAGACCCACGGAGGCACGUUUCCCAGCUGCGAGAAGCCCUGUCAGCCCGAGAGGCCGGCUGCCACCGACAGUGGCAGUGAGAGCAAGGACCCCAGCCAGUCCACCGAGACCACCGACGUGCAGGACGGCUCGGAAGCCUUGGGUGCCAUCUCUUAGAGUCGGCUUGAGCACUGUAGUCCUCGUAUCAACCACUUCUGCUCCCUGAUCCUGGGCUUGCCUGUCUGCUCCGCAACAUCUGCGCUCCGGUCAUUGCACAGUGACCCAGGUGUCUUCUCGUACUCAGCUCUCAACAGCGGCUUUCCACAUACCCUGUGGGAUCAUGAAGAAAUACCUUGACACCAGAGACUGCUGGGCAAGAGCGGAGGAAGCUUGAGGCCUGCCUUUACGGAGCCUUGGUCUGCCCUUACAUUCUGUUUGUAGCAAUCUUACGUUGGUUGUGGUUUUCCUGCAAGGCCGUCUCCUAGAAUACCACACAGGAAGCUAGGAAACCUCUGGAAGUUCCUCAGCUCUCAGUUUUUGUCAUUAUUCAUCUGUGCUUUCAUCCUUGAGGGAGGAUCAUGGGGACCAUCAAGUUAGACUCCAUAGCUCAUUCCCCCUCUUCUGUGGUAGAAGUAUUGCGUUCCACCUCCUAUCUCUGAGCCCUCCCUCUUUGUCCUAAGCUCCCCCUUUUCAAAGGGAUAUUGCCCCUUUCCAGGGGGAGAAGGUGAUAAGUAAGGGUUUCUACUUUAUAAGCAGAAUUUGGAGAUUUCAAGAAAAGGAUGAUCUAUAAUUUGAAUAAUCUACAUGUGUUAAUUUUUUUUGUAUUUUUGUUUGUUUUAAUGAUGUAACUUGGUAUUUAUUGCUAUGGCAUUUACUAACAAGAUAUUCAAUCUUACUAGCAACUCUGAGGAAACUGAAAUAAAUCUGAACCUAGAAUCUGAACCCAAAUCUGGUUGAGUUCAAAGCCAAGUUGCUUCUACUUCCCUAUUGUCACUGUUUGUAUUUAAUUUAUAAAAAUGUUUGAACUUCAACAAAAAGGGGAAUCUACUGCUUAAAUAUGUUAAAUAUUGGUUUAAUGUACAACUAAUAUGUCAAUUAUAACCCAAUUACAGUUCCCUUCUCAGUAUCUUUCUUAAGUACAGAUAAGUGAAAACAAAGUGCUUUGACCUCUGAAGUGAAAAUCACUCGAUAAAUCAAUCCAUUGUUAUCAUUACUUAAUGUUGUUUUCAUGUUUACUGCAUGUAAAUUACCAAAGUAUAUACAUUUCCAUGUUUACAUUUUUUACGAAAACUGUUGUAUAUGGAUUUAAGUCUAAACCCUGACGUGAACUGUCUGAUGAUGAGAGAUGUCUGUUCUCUGUAACCAUAAUCAGCCCUGCUAAGUGCUUCUUACAGAUCCACCCCAUGCACUCUAAGACUAUCUGCCUAGUGGUAAAUGAUUGCCUGAGGCAGAUACAAAAGUGGUUUUUUUUCCUACAUAAGAGCCAUUUGCCAUUUUAUGUGCCAGUACAAACUUCUCAUCUAUCUUUGUAUUAUCUUUUUUCUUUCUAAUUUUCUACCUUACCUGUGAAACUAUUCUUUCUCUUCAAAUGUGUGUUUAUCUCUUUGUUUUUAAAUAUUACAGCUUUCUAACAUCUGUCUCUAGGGAAGCAUAAUCUUGCUGAUGAAAUAUUCCAUGUUUUCCUUGAGCCCUUGUCAAUAUGUCUUCAUGUUAGCAGCUCAGCAGAUGGAGAGACAGAAGGCGUAGCCUCAGCUUACCUGAGUGAUUUCUCGCCAGCACCAGGCACAGUGACUGUCUCUGUAACUUGAUGAGAGGAGUUGGGACAAUUGGGCAAUAAGAAAGGGUAUCUGACUUCUGCAGUAUUUCCUAAAACUGGUGGCUGCUUUGCUUUGUUACUAGGAGACAACAGAAUACUAACAACCUAUCUCUUUGGGCUUUGCCUAUUUAGAUAAAGUAAAAUAAAAAGUAAUAUUAUUGUUUGCAAGUGGUUUCGGGAUAAUAACCUGUGAUUUAGCAGCAGCAGUGUCUUUUUGUAGCACUGUAAUUGUGGGAGCCUCUGGGACUGUUUUUUGUAAUAGCAUUGUUCUUUUUACAUAGGAUAAAUUAUGUUUUUCUUUGAAUGGGCUGCUUGUUUUUCCAUAACCAUAAUCCUAGGGAAACCGAAGGAUGUUGAGCAGCUACUUGUGCAACUUCAUGGGUGGGCUCCAGUCCAUCUGCAAAUUCUCAAAGGUAUUAACUGCCAGCCAGCGCAGUUUUCCUGGUUAAAAGAGAGAAACUUGUGAAUGAAGCAUGUGACUUACCUAGCUAGAGUCUGUGCGGUUUUCCCUUUGGAGGUAAGAACAAGAGGCAAGAGGUGAUUAUUUAAAAUAAAAAUAACAAGGUGUGUGGAUGAGACAGGGAAUAGUAGUGAAAAUUAGACCAAAGCUGAGAAGCCAUGGAGAGGACUGAGAAAUAAAGCACGUUUUCUCAAAUGUGUUUGUGCAACUAAUUCAUCUCAGAGCUAAGUUUAAAAUGCAGCUUUGGUUGCGGUAGGUAGGGGGUGUGGUGUGUGUGACUGCUUAGUAGUUCACAGUGCUGAUACUG